ACGAGUACCACCUUGAGGCUUUCUUAAAGAGGAAAUACUGCAGUGCACCACUUACUGUCUACCAAAUCUGUGAUGUAUGACACACGACUGAGCAGAGCGUGUGCACAUCAUAGGCUUGUUAUCUACAGUCUCGACUGUAUCUGUCUCGGUUACAAUGCACCACUCAGAGUAAUUACCCUUUGAGAGAGAGAAACGGAAGGAUGCUGGGGAGAUAGAGUGAUAGAGAGGGCGAGAGACACACAGCAACAGAGAGAGAGAGAGAGGAGUAAGGGGGGCUCUAUGGGAGGAGAGGCAGAGUUAUUGGAUGAGAGCAUAAGGAAGUUAAAGGGAAUAAAAGAGGGCACCGCUGAGAUCCAAGCUGACUGCUCUCUCAAGAGAAACUCCACCAGAGCUGAGACGAUAUUCUGGGAGUGGCAGCAGCAUCUCGCAGAGGACCUGAAAGAAGACAGUCUGCUCCUCCCCAGGCUGCUCGCUGGCAACUGAGUCCCUGUGUGAUGGCAGUAUGCCAGUCAUGAACAGGUCCGGUUUAUUAAGUAAGGCAGGUUUAAGGAGGCUCCUGCAGUCAGAUGAAGUCUGGACUUUAGCAAGGAAGAGGAACCAAGUGGAACUGGUCCCAGGCGAGCAGGACAUCCUGCAAUUCACAGAAUCUAACAAUCCUCCGACCAGUCCGUCUCACAGGUACGCCCGACAGAGCACUCAGGCUCCCAUACGCCUCAUAAACCCAGAAAGAAAAGGUGCCGGCCCCCCAUGUCAGCGUGACCCUGUGAAGACGUCGAAAGUUGGACCUGACGUUAACGACCAAGAUGCUCAGAAGAAGGUCCCAGGGUUUUAUGAGGACACCCGCACAUCCAAAAGUAUUGAAUCUUGCAGAGGAGAGAGAUUCCAGUACCCAGCUGAAGAGAAUCUAAAACCUGUUUUGAAUAAACAGCAGUUCACACACGACCAUAAGCCUAAUCAAGAUUCAGACAUCAGGUUUCACACAGGGUCCAAUGUGUCAUCUGACACUCCACAAGACCUCCGGUCGCACUCCGAUGAAAGCCAUCUCAAACCCAAGGACAGGGAGAACAUAAAGACGAGAACUUUAGUCCACGGCACUGAAACUACAGCUCUUAAUGUAAAAAACAAUCAGAGAUCUAAAAAUGUUCUUUUAUUAAAUAACAACCAUGACAUAUGCAAUGAGGAUUCGAAGUUGCAGUGGAAAUCAUCCGCUUCAUACCAUAAAUCUGACAGAGACUGUAAAUUCCCUGAAACGAGUACCGUUGCAGACGCUCCACUUAUUGGAAACUUGAUUCUGAAUACAUUAAGUGCCGAUACGAGAAAUGCAGAGGACAGUCCAUACAAGAUAGAUGAAAAGGUAUUUUCACAUCACAGCGAACCGCCCACUUGCUCGGAGAAGAAGAAAGACCACCUCAAAGAGAAAAACACUGACACAAGUACGUUUUCGGUGGUCUAUGCCGAAAAGUACACGGUGGUCCCAGAAGCUUCUCAGUUUGAGCUUGAUUUUAACAAUAAAGAUGGCGAUGGAUGCAAUUCAGGGCGAACGAUUGCAGAGUCUCUCCUCUCAGAGAUCCUCUCUCCUGUAGAUGAGGUUUUGUCAUAUGGAAGUGCAGAACUUCCCUCCGUUAAAGGAGGAGCUGAAUCAGGACUUUACAGCUACAGCGGUCCACCUCACCCUGCCUUCGAGAUCAUUACAUGGACCAGCGAGGAGGAACUUCCGGCUCCACCUGAAUCUCCAGAAGAUCUCUCUAUUAACAGCGAGAACGUUCCUCCUCUUCCCGUGGACUUAAGAAGAAGAGAAUCUCAUAGACUCGGAAGUCUGAGGGACGAGGAAAUUGCUAAUGGAGAUCUCAGUACAAGCCUUCCUCCGAGCGUAUGUGAGGACGAUUGCUCGGAGUACACCAGUUCGCUUCCCGAAGAUGUGAAACAUGAAAUCUCAGAUCCUUUGUCCUCCUUUCAGAUUGGAGACAGAGUUCUUGUGUGUAACUCUAGACCCGGCGUACUGAAAUAUAAAGGCCUCACUGCAUUUGCAGAUGGAUUUUGGGCAGGUGUGGCACUGGACACCCCUAAUGGAAACCACAAUGGCACCUUCAGGGGUGUGAAGUAUUUCAGCUGUGAUAAAAGCCACGGCGUCCUGGUCAGAGCAGAAGACGUCUCUCACAUUCACAGAGAGCACGGUACUGAUAUAGAGACCGUGGUGGAUGAAGAUCCCUUUUCGGAUGAGGAGCCACCUAGACACGAGGCAAAGAAGGACACGUCUUCAUCAGCAGGGUGCACAAGGAGGAGAUACAAAUAUGAAAGAUGAUCCAAAGAGCACACAUCAAAAAGAACCCCAGGAAGACAUUUCAAAUGGAGCUAAAAAUCUUUUAUAUACCUCAAAAAUAGCUUUACCAAAAAUUGACACUGAGCUUAUUCAUCAUAAUAAGGAAAACAGGCAUCUUGUGGAUGAUUCCGAUCAUUCAGUUACUCGAUUGACAGAUGAGUCGAGGGAAGAUAUAAUCCGAUGUACUGAAGAUAUCAGAAGGAGACGGAGAA